AUGCUCCUGGGGGACGGGAUGGACAGACGUUCCCUCGCCCACGAGAUUCUCAGCCAGCUGCCCCUGGCCCAGCAGACAGCAGCCUGGGGGACGCUGGGCACCAUCAAACCCUACCUGGGCUUCGACGCGGAGAGUGACGUACAGCACCUCGUAGAGGCCAUCGCGGGCAAUGGCGCUGACCAUGGGGCUAUCCUGGAUGUGCUGACCAAUCGGACCAGCGCCCAGAGGCAGCAGAUCACCAAGGUGUUCCAGGCCCUCACCAAGCAGGACCUGCUGAAAUCCAUGGAAGCGGCUCUGUCUGGGAACCUGGAGCGGGUCAUCGUGGGGCUGCUGAAGCCGCCGGCUCAGUACGACGCUCACGAGCUGAGGGCGGCCAUGCAGGGCAUAGGCACUGACGAAGAUGCUUUGACUGAAAUUCUCUCCACUCGAUCCAACCAGCAGCUCAGAGAAAGCCUGGCCUUUUACCAGCAAGAUUUUAAAGCAGACCCUGAAAAGGACAUAGCCUCGGAAACCAGCGGUUGGUUCAAGGAAAUUCUCCUGGCGCUAGCAAAGGGGAAGCGCGAGCACUACAGCGGGAUCAUCGACUAUGCCCUGAUACAGCAGGAUGCCGAGGCUCUUGCAGACCCAGGAGCCAGGAGCGAGGGGGCCGGUGAGAGGACGUGGAUAAGCAUCUUCACGCAGCGAAGCCCUGAGCAUCUCAGCAGAGUGUUCGGUCAGUACCGGAAAUCCCACGGGCUGGAGGUGGAGGAGACCAUCUGCAAGCGCUUCCGGGGAGAUGGCCAGGCCGCCAUGCUGGCCCUGGCCUCGGUGUGCAGGAACACCCCGCGCUACUUCGCCGAGAAGCUGCACAGCGCCAUGAAGGGCCCUGGCACCGAUGACAAAGUCCUGAUCCGCAUCCUGAUCUCCCGCAGUGAAACCGACCUGCUGAGCAUCCGUUCUGAGUUCAAGAAGCGCCAUGGGAAGUCUCUGUACUCCUGUCUCCAGGUGGAGAUGAGAGGCGAUUACCAGGCAGCGCUGCUAGCCUUGUGCAGGGCGGAAGACCUGUAG